UUCGGAUUCCUUGCGACUUCCAGUUGUGGCUGUUUCGUUGAUAAUAAAUAAGCUUAUAAGCCCGGUGGGUUCGCGAAGGGGAGUCAUCAAUCGCUAAGGGAUGUUGUUCCUGGUGAGGCGGUGAAGUUGUUGUAGGUUUGGGUCGCGGUGGGAAGCAAACGGGGGUUCAGAUCCUUGCGGGCGUGGACUUGUUUGUUUUGAGAUGGCCUCCAUGAACGAGGUUAUGAACAAGAAAAAUGAUCCUGAAUGGAUCGCCGAGAAUGAUGAUGGGAAGGUAAAGAAAGGGAAAGGAGGUGGCGGAGGUGGAGGUGGUGGUGAAGGAGGUGCGAAAGGAGGAGGUGGUGGUGAGAAAAAUGACAGCAACAAAGUCGAGCUGAAAGACAAUAAACCCAAGGCACCUGCAGUGCCUAAACAUGAGUUCAGAGUGAAGAUGUGCUGCCCGAAGUGUGAGGAGAAAGUUAUGGAAGAAGCUCAAUACGCCUCUGGUGUGCAAUCCGUGAGCAUCGACCGUGGCAACAGCAAAGUCACUGUGGUUGGGUAUGUCGAUCCCGCAGCUUUGUUGAAGAAAUUUAAGAAGAAUGUUGACAAGAAGGCGUCCAACUGGACUGUAGAAACAAAGAAAGAGCCUGGUGGUAGUGGCGGUGGCAAAGGUGGGAAAGCAGAGAAGGGUGGUGAUAAAGGAUCAGAGAAGGGACAGAAGCAAGGAAAGGCAGAGAAAGGGGGUGAUGGAGAGAAAGGUGGCAACAAGGGAGAAGGUGGCAAGAAAAAGGGUGAAGACGGGGGUGGCAACAAUCAACAGAGCAAUGGCAAAGGAGGUGAAGGUGGUGAAGGGAAGGCUAAAGGUAAAGGAGGUGGAGCUGGUGGCAAUAACAACGAUCAGAACAAGAAUAAAGAAGGUGGAGAUAAGGGCGGUGGUGAAGGGAAGGCUAAGGCUAAUGUAGGCAGUGGCGGCGGAGGAGGCAACAACAAUCAGAAUAAGAAUGAAGGUGGGGGUACAGGUGGAGGUGGAGGGGGCACUGCUGGGGGUGCUGCCGCUGCUGGUGAAGGAAAGGGUAAAGGUGGAGGAGGAGGAGGAGGAGGAGGAGGCAGCGGCAACAACAAUCAAAACAACAAGGAACCAGAAUACCCCGUAGUAUUCCAUCCCCGCAGCUACGAUUACGGAGGAUUUCAAUCUUUGAUGAAUCCCAGAGGAAUUUACACGGACCCUCGAGGUUCAUAUGAUCCCCAGGGCUCAUACGGGGGAAUGGAUCCUCGGAGUUCAUACGGAGGAUUGGACCCUCGGAGCUCAUAUGGAGGAGGGAGCUACUACGAACCUGAGAGUGGAUAUCAGCCCAAGGACAACUAUUACAGCGAUUACAGACCCAGCCAAUCCUACCCUGCCAACUUCCGCACCCACGACUCCAACAAUCAGCCUAUCACCAACCCAAAUUACAUGAAGAGCAUUCAAUACUGAGUCACAGUUCUGGUUUUGUGCAGGAGAUCGUCACACGAUCAUCACGAGGUCCCCCCUCCCCCCCGUCCUCUGUGAUGCCGAUAGUCUGUGAUUAGAGGGCAUGUGUGCCAUGAAGAGAUGUGGUAGGCCUCUGCACUGGAGUCGGUGGGGUGAGUGUGGCUUAGCUUGUGUUGGUUUCUGCAAGUGUUGCGUGAUUUGAAAGCACUGUGUAUGUAUAUAUGGACCGGGUGCUUCUCGUGAUGGUUAUGGAAAGGCAUAACUUUGACACUCAAUUCAUUCCAGCAUGUGUUAGAAAGCACGCUGCUGUGUGUGAGCGUUGCUGCGUUUAUACUGAAUGCCGGGUGAAGUGGAUUCAAUGAAGAUGGAUUCUGCUCGUGGAAACUCACGUUGAGGUGCACCGAUGCGAAUGCAGUUCACGUGCUGUUUGUUUGUUUGUUUUUAUUUUUAUUUUUAUUUUUCGACAGGAACUGGGAUCAAAGAGAAACCAUCACAGAUGCAGUUUUAUUUCAUUUAAUUUUAUUUUUUCAAAAAAUAUUCUUUUGUAGUGGUGUCUGAACACUUGCCUCAAGGAUAGAGAUUCUCUAUUCCGAGUUGAGCAGUGCUAAAUUUGAGCCUUCGAAGUGCAGAGAGAAGUGCCUCCGAGUAGCCAGCUUCUUCAUUCCAUUUUAUAAACACCUUUUACUUGGAUUGGUGAUUGAGAAGAUCAUGUGGCAAUUAAUUGAUGCUCGAUGUUUCAA